AUGCCACCCGAACGCAGCAAUGUGCCGGUGAAGUUGUCGCUGCCCCUGCAAUAUCAGCAGGACAUCUUCACCGAACUACGCCAAGAGGAUGAGCUUGUCGUGCUCGCCCGCGGCCUGGGGCUUUUGCACUUGAUCACCAACCUUCUUCAUUUUUACGAUGCGGUUGGCAACAACCUGGUCUUGGUGGUGGGCGCGGAUGAUCGGGAGAAUGAAUGGAUCGGAGAGGCUCUGGCGGAACAUUAUGCUACCAGCAAAGCUCCCCUUGCUAGGGGACUGAAGGUCAUCAAUACAGAGAAAGCUACGGUGCCGAUGCGUGAACGGAUCUACGCCCAAGGCGGUAUUCUGAGUGUGACAUCCAGAAUAUUGGUGGUUGACCUGUUAUCAAAACUCUUGGAUCCUGAGAAGGUGACAGGAAUGGUCGUACUGCACGCCGAUAAGGUGGUGGCAACCUCGCUUGAGGCGUUCAUCGUUCGGAUUUACCGUCAAACGAACAAGCGUGGCUUUUUUAAGGCCUUCUCAGACUCCCCUGAACCAUUUACCACUGGGUUCGCUCCACUGGCCAAUAUGUUACGCAACUUGUUCUUGCGCAAGGCAUCAUUAUGGCCCCGGUUCCAUGUCGCAGUGGCCGAAUCCCUAGAGGGACAUCGCAAGGCAGAAGUGAUUGAGUUGGAAGUCCCGAUGAGCGACAAAAUGAGGGAAAUACAGAAUGCCGUUCUUGAAUGCGUCGAAAUUAGUGUCAGCGAAUUGCGAAAGUCCAACACGGGUCUGGACAUGGAAGAAUGGACACUGGACAGUGCCUUGCACCGGAACUUUGACGUUUCCAUUCGACGCCAACUGGACCCGAUCUGGCAUCGGGUGAGUUUCAGGACCAGGCAAAUUGUUAGCGACCUGGGCGACCUUCGAGCGAUUCUUCAUGCUCUACUUACAUAUGACGCGGUGUCUUUUGUGAAGUACCUCGACACCAUUGUGGCUGCCCACUCUCCGCCCUCUGGAUCCAACAAGCACAACUACUCCCCCUGGCUCUUCCUUGAUGCCGCGCAUGUGCUUUUUCAGACAGCCAAGUCUCGAGUUUAUCAAGGGAAAAUUGGCAAGGACCUUGCUCGCCCGUCAUCAUCCAUCAAUUUCUCCUCUGAAUUGGACCCCGUGCUUGAGGAGCUUCCAAAAUGGAAUGUUCUAGCAGAAGUUUUGGGAGAGAUCGAGCAUGAUGCUUAUCUUCACCCGACAAAUCUGGCCGAGUCGAAUGGUACAAUACUAAUUAUGUGCAACGACCAACGCACUGGACGCCAGCUUCGAGAGUACAUUGGCACUAUGCAUGCGCGGCUUGCCCGUGGAUUGGAAAGCAGAGAAGACGAUGAUUCGAGCGAUGAUAACCCCUCUGCAGAAGUGCUCAUGCGGCGGCGCCUCCGAGACUAUCUCAACUGGAAGAGAUCGCUUUCAAACGUCAACAGAAACCUGUCGGCCACGAGCGAAGACGGAAAAAGUCAGGAAUCAUCGACUCCCCAACAGCAGCAAGGAAGACCUCCUCCAAAUAAACGCCGCCGAGUUCGUGGCGGGGGAACAGUCUCCUCGGCUGCUGGACGCGUGCCAAAUGCUAGUGUUCAGACCGAAGUUGAGCAACCGGGCCAGGUCGCUAACCUACUCGAGGAGCUUCAACCGACCGAAGUGGAGGAGAUGCAAAAAGAAGAAGUGGUUCUUGAUGAGCUCCAGGGCAUGGACGACUUCUACGAAUUGUACGAUAUGAACGAUCUGAUCAUGAUUCACCCGUAUGACGGCGACAUGGAUGAGCAUAUCCUCGAAGAAGUCCGGCCGCGAUACAUCAUCAUGUAUGAGCCCGACCCAGCUUUCAUCCGGCGGGUGGAGGUCUACCGCAGCUCUCAUCUGGGUCGGAAUGUGAAGGUAUACUUCAUGUAUUAUGGUGGCUCGGUCGAGGAACAACGGUACCUGAGCGCCGUGCGGCGGGAAAAAGACUCUUUUACGAAACUCAUCAAGGAAAAAGGCAAUAUGGCUGUUACCCUGACGCACGACAAGAGCGCCGAAGAUCCACAGGAACAGUUCCUUCGAACGGUCAACACCCGUAUUGCCGGCGGAGGACGACUCGCCGCAACAGCGUCUCCUCCUCGGGCCGUAGUAGAUGUGCGGGAGUUUCGAAGCGCGCUCCCAUCCUUAUUGCACGGGAACAACAUGAUUGUGAUUCCUUGUCAGCUAACGGUGGGCGAUUACAUUCUCACGCCAGAUAUCUGCGUGGAACGCAAGUCGAUCCGUGACCUAAUCACCUCACUGCGCAACGGCCGUCUCUACAACCAAGCCGAGACAAUGCUCCAGCAUUACAAGAAUCCGCUACUUCUAAUCGAGUUCGACCAGAACAAGUCGUUUACUUUCGACGCCUUUGCGUCCGUCUCAGCCGGCACGAAUUUCAUGACCGAUUACGGCUUUUCCUCGACGGGUGCAGCGACCUCCUCCAGUAGCAGUGCGUUGGCCAACCCCUCGAACCCGAAAUCUGCGCAGCAUCUGCUCGUGCUCCUCACGCUCGCGUUUCCGCGGCUGAAAAUAAUCUGGUCGUCUUCACCCUACCAGACCGCCGAGAUCUUCGCCGAGCUCAAAAAGAACGCUUCGGAACCAGACCCGCUGCGCGCGGUGCAGAUCGGUCUUGACAUGGACCUAUCUGCCUCUGGCGAUAAUAUGAUGGCCGUCGCCGGGAUCGAGCAUCGCAAUUUUAACCUCCUUCCGCAGGAUAUGCUGCGUGCCGUGCCGGGGGUGACGCCGCAAUCCCUUGAGCGCCUGAUACUGGAGACAGAGAACAUCAGCGAUAUUGCGAAUAUGGACGUCGACCAGCUCGAUCCAUUGGUUGGGAAGGAGGCCGCGCGCAAGAUGGUGGGCUUCUUUCGAAAGAGCGUGUUUGACUGA